AUGUUUGUCAGGAAGAUGUUUUCGGUCAGUUGUAUUCUUUUUUCUUCUCAAUCGCCGUUUAAUUUCAGAUAUUUGUGAUGUUCUCCGUUUCAUUUGCAAUUAAGUGCUUGACUAACAGCGACUGCUCGGGAAUGAUUGAUCACGAAUGCGAGGUCGAUAAGCAAGAGUGUGUUUGGGUCAUCUGCCACUAUGACAAGGAUUGCGGGGGAGAGGAUUUGGUUUGCGAGGAUGGAAAAUGCUGGGAAUGGAACAAUCCGGACCGUCCGAGCAAGAAAAGUCCCACCAAGAAGGUUCAUCCACGCAACAACGCCCGACAGGAGAAGAAGCCGUGA